AUGGUUGAAGGCAAAAGGAUAAACAUAGUGGAUCUCGGAGAGGGAACAUGCAGUUGUAAGAGAUUUCAAAUGAACGAAUUGCCAUGCUCGCACGCUUGGGCAGUUAUAAAGCACAAUGGAAUGGACCCAAUCCAAUUCUGCUCUUUCUACUACAAGAAGGAUUAUCUCAUGAAAACAUGGGAAAUUCCUGUGAAUCCUAUUCCAGAUGAGACUACAUGGCUUGUCCCUAGAGAGGUCAUGGAGAAUGUGGUCUUACUACCAGAAGGGAAGAGAAGGGCUGAAAGGCCAAAAAUCAAGAGAUACAAACUGGCUUCGGAGACGGAUAAUAAUAACAAUAAGAAGAAGAGGGCUAAGCUUUCAUGUGGGCGGUGUGGAUAA